CGAACCACUGCUAGAUGCCGUGACAGCAGAUUAUAUAACAUCAGCCAGCGCAGAUCAAACUCGGAGCCGCGCUUCAAUAUUUCGGCUUGGUACAGCUUGAGAAUACUGGAUUACUACUGGAUAUGAAGCCUUCUGAUAGAUCGUAUUAGACAGUGCACUCAUCCGCAGUACUCUGCCCCGUGCACCUAUGAGCUGCGCCGCGGCAACAUCGUGGCACCCGGGACCUGUCAAUGAACGAUACUAGUAACUGGGCAAUUUGAAUCUUCGAAACUUCACACCUAACAUUCAACACACUUAUCCAUAAACGACGCUUGGGCCCGACUAUCAUUCAUCUGGCCGUGAUCCACCGCGACUUACUUCAAGCACUCUUGGCAGCGUUUGGUCUACCAUGAGUCUAGACCAAAAUCUCUUCACACUCCUUCUGACACCAAAUACCUCUGACUCGAGUGGACUCGUGACCGACCUCACCGAUCCUUCGGGGAGCGUACACUACCGCAAACGACGCAUACCCGGGCAAGUCUAUAAAAUCGAGGUGUAUGACCCCAUUUCAGAAUCCUUGCUCGCCUCUGCUACGUCUCCCAGCGCCACGAGUAAACAUAAGACGAUAGAAUUGUACAAUCCCUCCAAGGUCAUCGAGCUGAAAUAUACCGGCACCUUGUCUUUCCGAUGGUCUUUCAAAUGGGAGGAACAUGAAUUUGAGUGGAAACGAGAGGAGUGUUUCAUGAUCAGAAAGCCCGACCCACCUGUUAUGGUUGCGAUCACCAAGGAGCCUCCGGGUAGAAUAAAAACAGCAUCCGUCCAGAUUCUAGAUUACAAUCUCAAUAGGUUUGAUAUAGAUGAUCGAAAAGGGCUGGAAAUCGUCAUCCUGACUGCAUUGCUUACCUUUCAAGAUGCUAGUGAUCAAUAUCACCAGUCACCCAACGACAACAACGCGACAUCAUCACCUGCUGCUCUUGCUACAGCUACUUCAGCUCUAAAAUGCUUUACAGAGAAGACUGCGCGAAAGGUGUCAGGGGGACCUACACCUUCUCCACCAGUCCCACCACCAAAACCCGCCCCAAAAACAGGUGUCGAAAGGGUUGCCGAAAUCCAGGCAUCCACUGGCAGAGGCGAAGUUAAUGAAGUGUUCGUCGUUGACGAGUGUUCCGUCAAAGAUUACGCGCGAUAUUGUGCACGGAUGCUGCAGGACGAAGCGAUGCUUUUUAUCUCCAUACGCUCUGCAGGCGCAUCCCAGGUUCCCAAAGUGUUGCAAGUAGUCGAAGAGACGAAACGCUUCCGCCACAAAGCGGGUCAUGAACAACUUCAUCAAUAUGUUCUGUAUGAUACGGCACAGAUACCACGCAGGGGUCCGACAACGAUUAAUCUGGACGACAACAAAGACAAAGCAAAGGGCAAGAAUUAUACUCCGCCGAGCAACAUCGUAGUCCAUCUAGGUAAAAUCGAUAUGCCCGAGUUACAGCCGAGGAGAACUGUUCCCAUACGCCCCGGAGAAGGACGGACGGGCACACCAAAAGAGCGAACAAAGGAUGGGAAGAACAAAGAUUCUCACAAGGAUAAAGAAAAGAAAGUAAAAGAGUCAAGCGACAAGGAACGAAACGAAAGAAAGAAGCGUGAGACAGAGCACGCAGCGGCGAAGGCAAAACUUAGAUCAAAAUCUAGCGCGCCUGCACUCGCUUCUCAUUUCUCUUCACAUCAGGCGUCGACAUCACAGCGGCCUCACAUACAUCCACACCAAAUGCAUCUACACAACUCAUCUCCGCCGCAGUCUAACCGGCCCGCCAACCAUUCGGCUCCUCCACUGCCUCCCCGCAUGCCUGUGCCGCACCGUGUAGCUCCACCAUCUAACCGGUACUCGACAUACGGGACAUACCCGGUGUCAUACCAGGUCCGGUAUUCAUCCAGCCCUCAACGUUUAGAAUCCGCCGUUUCUCCAUCAUCGCCGUCACCUUCCCCAGCCACAGUGCUAGCCAGAUUACUCGGGAGGUGAACGCUUUUCCAAUCGCAAUUUCAGACCCAUGGACACGUAUGUUUUAAACUCUGCUUGAUACCUCACAAUCACAGCCUCCUUCCAAAUCCCACAACAUAUAUGUAUGUAACUUAUACGACCGCUGAUAGUAAUACGCCGUCGUUGACAGUACGAAAAAUAUACCACAUCCGUCUCCCGGUGGGACCAACGACAUACUUUCGCUUCCGCACACUGCCUUGAGAGUGAUUAAAGCGCCCGCGACAUUCGUGUCCACAGUCGCCAAU